UUGUUCUUCACAGUUACAACCACUGAAGAAGCUGAUGCAGCCAUAAAAAUGGUUGUAGAAAAGAAACAUGAGGCGUUCAACCUUGUAAUGGCAAACGCCACUUCAUCAAACAUGAAUGCUCUCUCAAUUCUUCAUCAAACCGGCAUUCCAAUCAUCCUAAUGUCGCUGGAGAUGGAUAUGAAGACAGCCGGGAGAGCCAUAGCCGAAUGGGGGUGUUACUUCCUCGAGAAACCGAUUUCAAUGGAGGACAUUGAGCUCGUUUGGCAAAUCGUAUACAGGAAAAUCAGAAACCCUAGGGCAAAAAAUUUGGGAGAAAACGCGAAACUGGGGAAGAAAUUUGAAAUUGAUGGAGUGUUAGAGCGAAUCGUGAACGUUAGAAGAGAAGUAGAGUGGAAAUCGCUUGAAGAAGAAGAAAAAGAAAAAGAGAAGGGGAAAAAUGGGGGGAAAUGUAGAGAUCAGGGAGAAGAGAAAUUGAAUCCAUUACUGAAAGUGGAAGAGAAGACGAACAGAAAUGAGCGAACGAUCAAGAAAUCGCGGAUUGUUUGGAAUUCGAAAUUGCAUCGGAAAUUUACAGAAGCAUUGAGCAAACUUGGAAGCAGAAAAUCGAGCCCUAAAAUUAUAUUGAAGAUGAUGGAUGAACCGAGUUUAACGCUUCGCCAAGUUGCAAGUCACCUACAGAAAUUCAAGUCUCAAGUAAAGCAUUUAAAUAAGAUAACAGCAAAUGAUUCACCAUCAUCCACUUCAUUUGUCAAAAACCAACCUCCACAGUUACCUCCAAAGCGCAAUACAAACAUAUUAACCCAACAAAAUAGUUACAUAACAGAUCACAACCUCAGACAUUUACAAGUCCCAGCUGCCAGCUGCUUGAAUAAUAAUCCUCCUACUCAACUCCUCCCUAAUUCUCAAGAUGUUUUUAGUCCUCAUCUCAUAAUGAUGAACCAAAACAACUCCUCAAAUUCAUACAGAACCACACACCCGACGACCAACGAUCUCCAACUCAAAACUUAUGGAGGAUUAUCUGAAGGAAUGAACUUCAAUCUCGUUGAAGGAAACCAUGUCUUCACCGACGAGCUUUACACAUUCGAAAGUACUUUAGAAGGUUUUGUUCAGACAUCUCAUUAUUCUUCUUCUUCCAACUUCCAGCAUUUUCCUGCAGAUGAAGAUUAUUAUUGCUCCUUUUUCCAAGAUGAUGGUCAGUUGGAAUUUGCUCAAAACUUGGCUGGCAGCUGUUUGGAUGUUGACAAUAAUAUCAUCACGUCAAUGUCGGGAGCGCAUUCGGCCGUAAUUGCAGGUCGUUCUAUGAAUCAGAAUGUUGCCUUAAAGGAACUUGAUGAUCUGCUGAAUAAUACAGAAGAAGAUCCAAUGGUAUAUUGCUGUUUUGACGGUGAAAUGAACUCAUUUGACAUUGAUCAAUAUUCUGAAUGGUUAAAUGCAUGACUACAAGAACUUGGAAUGAUGAAAUUAAAAUACAUACAGAUGCUAAGUUUUGAACAAAAGACUCAUCAUUUGCAACAUUAUUCAUUAUUGUUUGUUUGGAAUUGGAAGUUCGUUACCAAUGUUGGAAAUUUUAAGCUUCUUUGUUCAAGAAAUCUUUGAGACUUUUGUGCUUUCAAGCAACCAUCAAGGUAUAUGUGGGUUUGUAGAUUCAUUAUAAAUGUAUAGGACACCAGCUCAUCAUGUUUCAGUUAUAAGAAAUUCCAUGCAAUGAACAUUUUCAACCAUGUGAUAUAUACUAUAUAGCAAAUUUUAUUUUU